AUGGCUGCCGAGAGCUCACGGUCGUGUCGGAGUAGGUCGUCUGCGCAGAAAAGGGAGCUCGUGUGUCGACAUGGGGAGAGACUCGUGCUUAGAGUUUCGGGAACGAGGAACAACCUUGGGCGACGAUUUUGGGGGUGUGUCUACUAUGAGAUCCAAGAGGAGUGUGAUUUCUUCCGAUGGGCAGACCCAGAAGCAGACAGUGACGAUCCUCAUGUUGCAAGGAUAAAGAGGAAAGUUGCGACCAUGAAAGCAAAAGUGAGGGACAUUGAGUGGAAGUUCAAGGUUGCUGCAGUGUUAGAUAUUUUUGGGUGGGUGGUGUUAUUUUGCUUCUGA